UCUCCCGUUGGGUGUCACUUGUGUCCGAUCAGUCUGAGGAUGUGGCUGCAGACUCAGUCCUUCUUUCUGAUUCUGUCUGUGAUCGUCACAGGGUCUCUCUCAACGCCUUGGGACAUGGUGGUCCCUCCAGAGGUCACUGUCUCCAGAGGAGAAGACGCCUUCCUCAGCUGCUCCUUCACCCACCCCCGUCAGCAGCAGUAUUCAGGGGAGAUCACUGUGAAAUGGCUGGCCAGAGAACCAAAAGCUUCACCGUUCUUCAUCUGUUCAGUUAGAAACAACUCUAUGGACGGACUUGGCAACUGUUCAGCUUCUGGAUUGAAACAUUCCCUGGCUGGAGACCCUCGACGGGGGGAGCUGUCCCUCCUCAUCAGGAAGACACAGCUGAUGGAUAAUGAAAGAUACUUCUGCAGAGUGGAGCUGGAGGUCCAGAGGGAUAGUUACCAGACAGCGACAAAGCUUCAUGUGACAGCUGAACCUCAGAUCCUGAGUCUCUCUGUGGCGGAGACAUCCCCCGACUCAAACAGCGCCCCCCGGAGGCUGCAGUGUGAGGUGGAGGGACACCCACUGCCUGAGAUCGUCUGGCUGUCGGCCUCCAGGAAGCAGAUAGAGACCCGGGGGGAGUCCUCUCCGUCCGGCCUGUACCGCCUGAUGAGCUCUGUGCCGUACCUGGAGGAGGAGGUGUUGACCUGCAGGGCGGAGAGCGAGCUGGGCGAUGCAGAGAGGACGUAUCCACCCAGUGACACUCUGAUGAUAACACUGGUUGUGUGUGGACUCCUCCUCCUGCUGCUGCUCUCUGCAGGUGUCAUCAUCUAUUACCUGAGGAACAGAGGUGUGAUGUCACAGUGCAGUACACAGCAUUCAGGUGAAAGUGACCUUCCAGCAUGUCCUCCACUGAAGAAGAAACCAUGUUUUCAUCUAAAAAGAGCUUCAUGUAAAAGUGUCAGAGCAGGAGAAAGAAGUGACAUCACUGACUCAGCUCGAUCUGACUCUGCUCCUAUUUAUGGAAACGCUGACUUCAUGAAGAAUCAUGGACAGCGAGCCUGUGACUCUUCAGCUGACGGCGACGCCGAGGAUAAGCUGGUCUAUUCAGCCGUCAUCCCGAGCAGGUCCACUUCCUGUGAGUCCCGUUCACCUGGAGCGCCACCUGCUGAUGUCAUCGGCUCACGGCAACACGAGGAGACAGGUGUCCUGUACGCUGUUGUGAACGUCCGGUCCUGACUGAGGGAUGGACGUUAUCAGCCUGAUGUGAUGAACAAUGAGGACAACAGCUGAUUCACACACAUUUAUAUUUUAUUCUUUAUCUUUCAGGAACAACAAACAUGUAAAAAUAAGUGAUGUGCUAUUUCCUGGAAUCUGCACAUAGUCUGUACAUAUGUUUCAUAUGUUUUAUUCUCUUGUUCUCAUGUGCUUCACUUAUGAUUGGUUGUUUAAUAAAGAGUCAUUUCCGUUACUGAUCUUUCUGUUCCU